AUGACUAACACUUUAUCUUCGUUUGAAAGUGUUGAACUUACUGCUGUUUCCUUAAGACAUCAAAUCCAAUUCCGUCCAGAAGAUGAUCAAUUAUCAAAUGAUUCAUUAACUCCCAUUGUCACAAUCACUGAGGAGGAGUAUGAGGAUAACGAUAGUUCUGAAGAAUAUCCUGAAGGUGGAUUAAAAGCUUAUUCAGUCAUAUUGGGAUCAUUUUUAGGAUUAAUAGUCAAUUUAGGGUUGAUUAAUUCAAUUGGAGCCAUUCAAGCUUAUGUUUCAACUCAUCAAUUACUGAAUUUAAAAGCUACUUCAAUAUCAUGGAUUUUUUCAAUUUAUUUAUCAUUAGCAUAUGCUGGUGGGAUUAUAACCGGUCCAAUUUUUGAUAAACGUGGACCUUUAGAAAUAUUAAUUGUUGCUACAAUAUUUAUUUUCCUUGGAUUAAUGGGAGCAGCUCAAAGUGUGGAAAUUUGGCAAUUCAUAUUGAGUUUUAUAAGUUUAGGAAUAGGAAGUGGAUUAGGUACAACUCCAUUAAUUGUUGUUAUUAGUCAUUGGUUUUGUAAGAAAAGUGGCAGUUUUACAGGAUUUGCUACUAGUGGUGGAUCAAUUGGUGGAUUGAUUUUCCCAUUAAUGUUACGACACACAUAUAAUGUUUAUGGAUAUGUUUGGGCAAUUAGAAUUUUAGCAUUUAUGUCUUUGGGUUGUAUGUUAUGUUCUAUCUUUUUAGUUAAAGAACGAUUUCAUAAAGUACAAACAGAAGUUAUUUCUCAACAAUCGAAAACAACUACAAAAUUCCUGUUUCAAAUUUUAAUGGAGAAAUUGAAAUCAGUUAAUGCUAGUGAUUUCAAAUACAUUUAUGUAAUAUUAGGAGCAUUUUUCGCAGAAUUAUCAUUGAUUUUGUUAGUUACUUAUUUCCCUUCUUAUGCAAUUGCUCAAGGGGUUUCAGAGUCAACAUCCUUGUUGUUAUUGACAGUUUGGAAUGCUACAGGUAUUUUGGGAAGAUGGAUUCCUGGACUUGUGUCUGAUAUUUAUGGUAGAUACAAUGUCUAUGUUUUUAUGUUGAUAUUGUAUUGUCUUUCCAUAUUUGUCUUGUUAUAUCCAUUUGGGUCAAGUGAAAAAAUCUUGUAUGCAUUUGCUGGUGUUGGUGGUUAUUGUUCUGGCUCCAUACUUGGAUUAUUACCUGCAUGCUUAUCUCAAAUCACUCCAGUCAAUGAAAUCGGUACUAAAUAUGGGAUUCUUAACGCAGUAUUAUCAUUAGCAAACUUGUUUGGUAUACCAAUUGCAGCAUCAAUUAUUAAGGAUGGUACAUCAAAAGAGUAUAAUAAUUUUGUUGUAUUGGUUGGUUGUUUGGCUGUUGCCGGUAGUUUAUUUUGGUAUUUUAGUAGGGUGGCGAUUCUGGGUUUCAAACUAAACAUUAAAGUGUAG